AUAUUGAUAACUGGUCAAAAGAGGUAUUUAUCUCUUUACAAAUACUAGUUAAGCCUUCUGUGGAUUACUGUAUACAGUUUUGGUCUCCUGAUCAAAGUGAUACUGACUUAUUGGAAAGGGUUCAGAGGAAUGCUACUAGACUGAUUCCAGUGGGAAACGUUUUUUGCACCAGAUCAGGUUUGCAGACGUUCCGAGCAUUUCAUCGAUGUGCACCCUGUCUUAGUGGAGAUGCUCUGUUUGUUCAUCGUGAUACUGAAAAAAAUAACCCUACUACUGUAUUUGAUUUUACCCCUGAGAAUCUGAAGCGAGUCCAGGCUAUCUUGAGCAUCUAUCCAGAAGGACACAAGUCAGCUGCUGUCAUUCCUAUGCUUGAUUUAGCUCAGCGACAACAUGGAUGGCUUCCAAUAUCAGCCAUGCAUAAAGUUGCUGAUAUGUUAGACAUGCCAAGAAUGAGAGUGUAUGAAGUUGCUACCUUUUACACAAUGUUUAAUCGUAGUCCUGUAGGGAAGUACCAUGUACAAGUUUGUACCACUACUCCUUGUAUGCUGCGAGGAGCAGAGGAGCUACUUGACUGUGUAAAACAGAAACUGGGUAUCAAAGAAGGGGAGACCACUAAAGAUGGAUUAUUUACUCUUAGUGUGGUUGAAUGUUUGGGUGCCUGUGUUAAUGCUCCCAUGAUGCAAAUCAAUGACAAUUAUUAUGAAGAUUUAACCCUGAAAGAUGCAGAAGAAAUCCUCAGUGAUCUGAAAGCAGGAAAGAAACCUAAAGCUGGGCCUCGUAAUGGUCGAUUUGCUUCUGAGCCUCUUGGUGGUUUGACAUCCCUGACAGAACCCCCAAAAGGACCAGGAUUUGGGGUUAGGCCAGAUCUGUAAACAGCAAUCAUGUUUAUGAAAACUUUAGUUUGGGUAUUUAGUAGAGGACAUUCUGUAGAAAUAUUUUUUGUGGCAAAGUUCUUCAUUUGCUGUAAAAGAAGUAUUUAAAAUUUAGAAUAGAAGUUGUAGUACAAGAUUAUUAAAACAAAGUGAUUUCUCAAUAAAUGUUCAUGAUUAUUGAUA